AUGAAGAACAUGCUAUCUUCAAUCGACUAUGUUGUCGAAUGCCGAGAUUAUCGGGCACCUGUGACAUCAAUCAAUCCAAUGUUUGAGGAAGCGCUAGGGAAUAAAAGACGACUGGUGGUUUACACGAAAAGGGACCUUGGCAGCAUUCCCCAAUCGCCUACACAGAAGCUCAUAGAGAAAAAAGUCCGAAGCUUUGAUCCCACCAGUGCUGUGUUCUUCACCAGCUCGUCCUCCCGCACCGAUGUUACUAAAAUCAUUAAACACCUUCGAGACGAUGCCGAGGCACCAGAUAAGCUUGUGGGAUGCCGAGUCUUGGUAGUGGGCAUGCCCAAUAUUGGAAAAUCGACUCUGAUCAACCACCUACGAAACUACGGCGUGGGUAAGGCUAAGGCCUUGAAGACUGGAGGUCAGCCUGGUAUCACACGGAAGAUCGCCAGUCCCGUGAAGAUCAUCGAGCGAGAGAGCGGGUCCCACGUCUACGUGCUUGAUACACCGGGUGUCUUCAUGCCAUAUGUUCCUGACGCCGAUAAUAUGCUUAAGCUAGCAUUGUGCGGCUGUGUGAAAGACGCAGUCAUCUCACCAGUCACCCUCGUCGACUAUUUGCUAUAUCAGAUCAACUUGCAUGAUACGCAGGCGUACAAACGUUGGUCUGAGCCUACCAACGAAGUCAUGCCGUUGCUGGAGAGCUUUGCACGACAGACAGGACUACUGGGAAAGGGCGGGAUCCCCAAUAUAGACAGCGCGGCGCUGCACUUUAUUCAGAAGUGGCGGGCGGGCGAGCUUGGUCGAUUCAUACUCGAUGACUUGGAUGCAGAGCAACGGCGGCGAGACAAUCCCGAGGAAACCACGCAUCUGAGUAUGUCACAGGCUUUGAAAGUCGAGAGGACAGCUCGGAAGAACAAGCCAGAUGUAAACACUAGCAACUCCUCUUAA